AAUGCAAAAUCAAACUGAAAUAUAUUUAGGAUGCAACUAAAUAGUUUAUGAAAGCAUAGAUAAAGACAUAAGAACAUACGAAGUAAGAUAACCUAAAGAGACUUAACCUUUUGUAUAUUUUGAUUGGGAUAGAAAAUCUGGGUAAAAAACCUUAGUAAAGGGUAAAUGGUAUUGUUUUAAGAAUUAUAAAAUUGAAAAUAAAAUGGUUGUGCCUAUUAAGUCCUUAAAUUAUUAUUACAAAAAGAUCACUCCACUUAAAAAGGAAGAAUUGAAAAUUGAUGCCUUAAGAGAACCUUAUUCAAAUUUAUUAGGAGUGAUUUAAGAUGUAAGUGAUUUAGAUAAGUCCUCAAGAGAUUUUCCUUUUAGAACUAUAAAAAUUUUGUUAAAAGAUGGAAUUUAGGUUGUGGAAGUGUUAUUAAAAAAUAAAUUUGCCACAUAAAGAGAGGAAAAAUUUGAGAUAGGUGAAAUAAUCUAUAUUUACUAAUGUAAGAAAAAUUUAGAUAGUUAAAAAAACUUGCUCUUUUAUUCUUCUUUAACAAAUAAUACUAAAAUAAAAUUUGAUCUUUAAUAGAUUAGAAAACAUAUUAAUAGGACAACAUUUUAAGAAAUUAUUAAGCUUAGAGACAGAUAAAAUUUAUAAGUUGAAGUAACUGAACAAAUCGAGUGA